UAGAUAGUGAUAGAGGUUAGAUGGUUAGAUUAGAUCGGUUUUUGACUAGGUGCUUACGAAAAUAGUCAAUUUAAAAGACUCUGACCAGAGUAAGCAGCGCUCGGAUCAGUUGGUCAGAUAUAUUUUUCGUAAACCCCUUUUAUGAUUUAUCCAGAAUGAACCACAGAUUCACAGAUUUAGCCUAACUAAACGUCAAUUUAAUUCAUUUGUUGACCGCUUGGUGGAGUGUCAUCUCAGCCGUAUACUUUGCGUGCUGAGAACACAAAAUGUCAUUUGAAAAUAAAGGUGAGAUGUCCCGGGUUUUUAAGCUAGCACAAAAAUUUAACUGUUUUUAUUUGACAGGUUUAAAAUCAACUGAUUAUAAACCGUUUGUCGUGGAAGGAUUUCAAGUAGGACUUAUAAGACAAGAUGUUAUGAAACAAUUAUUAAAAUAUCCUGAGGUUUUCCAUGUAUCCUCAGGCUGUGUUGAAUUAAAUCCUGCUUUUAGAGAUUAUGAAGAAAGAAGUAACCAAGUGGAUAAAGUAUUAAAAGAGCUGAGAGCUGAAAAUGCUCUCAUUGCUCUAAAAGGUUGGAGAGAUGAGUGUUAUAAUGUUAAAACAGAAUUCAAUUCCAAGAGUUUCUUAAAGAUGGAUAGGUCAGCCACUUGCCUAUUUGGAAUCAGAAAUUAUGGUGUAGAUAUUAAUGGUUAUAUUAAGCACCCAAUAAAAGGAUUAUGUUUAUGGUUUCAAAAACGAUCACCUACGAAGCAAACUUGGCCUGGUAAAUGGGAUAACAUGGUUGGGGGAGGGAUAUCGGUUGGUCAAGGAAUUUUAGAGACAGUGCAUAAAGAAGCUAUGGAAGAAGCCUCUGUUCCAAAACAUUUAUUGAAAAAUUUGAUAAGUGCUGGCUGUGUUUCAUUUUAUUUUGAAUCGGAAAGGGGUCUGUUUCCAAACACAGAGUUUGUUUUUGAUUUAGAACUUCCUCUUGAUUAUAUACCUGAAAAUGCAGACGGAGAAGUGGAAACCUUCGAAUUACUCAGUGCAACAGAUUGUAUAGAUAAAAUAUUAAGCUCCGAUUUCAAAACAACGAGUGUACCCAUAGUUUUAGACUUUCUGAUCAGACAUGGUAUAAUUACUCCCGAAAAUGAGAAAGACUACCUGAAGAUAGUAGAACUUCUACAUGUACCUUUGCAAUCCAUUUAUAAGAGACAUGUAGACAAGAAUAUCAACGAUAUUAAAGAAAAUGGUACAUCAGCGAUUUUGCAAAAUAUAUAAUUUCAUUUUUAAUAGUAAUUAGAUUUUUCAUUUCUUAUUGUAGGAGAUACAUCUGAGCCUUAAAAGUUAUUUUCUAAAAAUAAUAUAUUUUAGCAUCACUUUAUAUAACUUUGGAGAGCUUGAAGGUCAUGUGAAUAUUCCAAUGUAUUUGUUGGUAAACAUUUUAUACU